GGUACCACCCUAGUAGUGCUAUCCACUAAAUACGUAUGUAUAAUACACAUUUUAGGAAGUUUAGUUACCUGCCACAUGUUUCUACAAAUUCAACCACAAAUUAACAGCAGAAAAUAUUGUUUAUACUUUUUUAAUAUUAUUCAACCUCAUUAACUAUUUAUUUAAAAUUAAAUUGACAAAAAAUCCAAAACAUAUUUUAGAUAACUUGCGAAGACGCCUUUUAUGCAAAGAGUGUCCCCUAAAGACUGAUGACUAUGAGACUAUUGUCAGGCUUUCAACUCGAGUAAAACGAGUUAAGCUCGUAUAAUAUGCAAAAGAAGGUCUUUUAAUAAGGUACUAUUAUUUUUUUGUCUCCAGGUUGUAUCGCGACAACUCUUCUGGGGCUGAAAUAUUUAUAACUUUUAAACUAAGCUGUACUUUCUUAGGGUUAAAUUGCGCAUGUGCAAAACUUUCGCAUAACGGGUUGAAUGCACUUCAUUUUAAUUUCCAUCAACAGAAUAACGUACUCUAAGUCAUUCCGAUUCUGUUCAAAAAUGAAUGGCGAAACAGAAGAGAACUUCGCAAUUGGUUGGAACCGCCUGCAUCUAAGAGUAAUUGGUGCUUGGCCAGAUCCCAAUAAUAAGGAUGAAAGGAUUUCCAAAUUUGUGUCUCUACUUAUCGCAAUCAACAUGCUCUUAUUCAUAUCUAUACCACAGACAGUCAACUUAUUCGUAGUUUGGCCGGACCUUGAAUUAAUUACUGAAAAUUUGUCAACAGCUAACCUUACUAUUACAAUUACAGUAAUCAAAUUAUAUGCAGUGUGCAGUAAGAAAGAAGUAUUGAAGCCAAUAAUAGCAUCAAUCUCCAAAGACUGGAGUCGCAAAAAAAAUGACAUGCAUAUGAAAAUAAUGAGAAUUAAUGCUGAACUUUCUAGAAAAAUAUUUGUAUACUGUCUCUUCGGAACGUCAGCUACCGUUGUAUCAUUUUUCGUUCAACAAACAUACUUGAAUAUUCGAGGAUUUUACGAAGUUAGGCGAUGGUUUUAUCAGUCUUUUUUUCCUUACGGGACUUCGGAAAGUCCUGCUUACGAAUUGACUUGUUUCUUUCAAUUUACUGGAGGUACAUUUGCUGGGUUGGUCUACAGUGGAGUGGUCAGCUUUUUUGGAAUGCUUAUCUUACAUUUACGUGGGCAAUUCAGUAUUUUACAACUUGAUAUUAAAUCAAUUAUCAACAGUCAUGGUGGUACUGAUUCAAAUGAGUUUAAACUAAAACUUAAAUUUAUAGUGGAACAACAUGAAAAUCUCAACAGUUUUGCAUCAACAAUUGAGGAGACCUUUAACGGAGUUUUUCUAUUGGAAAUGAUAACUGUUUCCAUUCAGUUAUGCUUGCAGGGAUACAUAGUUUUAGCAACCGUAAAUGCAAGAGAAGGUGUUUCCACAUUACAACUUCUCUUUUUGACUAUUUAUGUCAUAGCCGUUUUAGCAAAUUUGUAUGUUAUUUGCUACAUGGGAGAGAAGCUAGAAAUUGCCUGUUCAGAAUUGGGAUUUUCUGUCUAUGAUAGCGAAUGGUAUAACUUAACAGCAGAGGAAGCGAGAAAUAUAAUAAUGUUAUUACAAAGAACAAGAAAACCGUUACAAAUCACUGCAGGAAAAUUUUGUGCAUUCUCUCUUCAAACAUUUGCGCAAGUAAUAAAAAAAUCAGUCAGUUAUUUGUCCGUAUUAUUAACAGUGAAUCAGAAAAUACAAGUACAUGAAUAAGGAUGAAUAAAUUUUCUUUGAAAUUGAUUUUUGCUUCU